AUGGAUGCUCCCCAAGUCUCUACAGCAUUCCCCGAAGGAGAGGGCGAUCUUUGCCUCAUAUCGAAUGACGGCGUGCUUUUCUACGUUCACAGCCAGCUCCUUCGUCACUCGUCCCCCGUCUUCGCGACCAUGUUCGAGAUCGGGGGCGGCACAGGAAAGCCCGAGGGAAAAAGCAAUGAUUCCGUUCGCAUGGAGGCAGAUUCAGCGACCUUGGAGCUCCUGCUCCUCUAUGUCUACCCGCUCCGCAAGAACCCACAACUCGAGACUCUCGAGCAAAUAUCAACUCUCCUAAGUCUCUCUCAUCGCUAUGAGCUCGAUGGAAUCACCCAGCAACUCCGUGUGGCGCUGACAGAGCCUCGAUUCGAAGGGAGCGACCUUACCCGGCCCCUCUAUAAGGUAUCUCCACUGAUAGCGCUCGCAAUUACGGAUGCAUAUGGCCUAAUCCCGGAAGCAAGACUCGCACUCCACGACUGCUUGUCUCUGGACCAGUCCGACCUUCUUGGCAUCAGUGCACAGAUUAAUAUUCCAUUCAGAAUAAUCACAGAUGUCCUUAAAUUACGCCAAGAAAGGGUUGAGUGGUUUGCUCGGAAGCUUGACUCCCUUGAAUGGCCUGGGAUGACUGCCCAGUCUACUCGCCAUUGUGCCAUUGACAGGUCAAAGAUCGAGCGUGAAUUCAACCAGAAGCCCGACCUACAUGCAUUAAAGAACAUCAUGCUUUCUUCAAGUGACGCGGGGAUCUCCAUUGCCACUCUGCAGGGUUGGGAAAAGGAAUGGUCACAGGCGUUCGCCAAAUUACCAGAAUUUCCCGCCAAAUGUUCUAAGAAGCCGGCCAGCCCGCCGCGGAUUUGGAGCACGAUAAAUAAUAUCCAGCAUCCAAACAUCCUCGACGAAGGUCUUGUGUGUUGCGAUCUCUUCCGGGAGACGGCGGGAGGAUACUCUGGGACCAAAUACGCCGGCUAUACGCCAGGGUAUAGGCUGCGUGGUGUGCUCCAGCAACUGCUUGCCAUGUUCUCCAGCUCGUGGGUAAGCGACAAUUAUGGCUCGCGUGGCGAACACCUCGGGAGUGCUGUUAUUGAGCACUACGUCACCGAGGCGGAUCUGAUGGGUCCAUUUCGGCAAUCGUAUUCACUCAACGACCGGCGGUCGGCGUACCCCUAUGUUGAGUCUGAGCAGCGGUUAGAGAGGCUGUGGAAUGCGGAUGACUCGGAAGAGGUGUUGAUCAUGGCAUACGAGACUGAGGACGGCAGCGAAAUUAGACAACUCACCAAAAAGAGCAUGUUGCGUGGUCAAAUCGUACCCCAGUCAAGCUUUGCCUCAAGUACAAGUCAUUUUGCUACUUCUGAGGUCCAGGCGAUCUCGCGUGCCUCGAAAAUGUGCGCCUCAACAGGGCGUGUGUUCAAGUUUGAGUCGCGGAGCCCGUUCUGGGAGCGUACGCGUCGCAAACUUGAAGUAUUUGAGUGCACUGAGUGUGGAUAUGGGAUAGAUUCGAUGCCACAUUAUUCGCCUGGCGGUAUUUUGCCCCUACAUAAGUUCCGCCCGCCCUACAUGAUCCCUGCCCGGGUCAACCAGCUUUCACGGCUCAAAAUGGACACGUUACACGUUCUGUGCGAUUUCCUGCCAGACGAGUCGCUGCGUGCGCUGAGCGUCGCGUAUCCGCCGUUCGACGCGUUUUUGCGACGGGCAAACGUCCUCCGCAGACGCCAAGUGCGCUGUUUCUACCUGUCUACACCGUUUGAAGACCGUAAAGAAGGAGCUGGAGAGCCAGAGCUGUCGUCGACGAUGGGCAUUGGAAUUGCGUUGGAUGCAAAGACGAAUCGCCUGUCGUGCCCCACCCUCGUCGAUGGCUUCCUGUCUGAAGCUGCAUUCCAGAAAUGCGGCGUAAGAAGGAGCUCAAGGAAACACGAGUUUGGAUUUUUCCUCCCGCUCGCGCUCAACUAUCGCCAUUUGAAGCAGAUCAAGCCCCGCGUGUUUGAAUGCCUCAAGACGCUCAGCCAGCAAGUCGCCCUCGCUGAUCCACAUCGGUGGAAAAGUAAUCCAGCAGUACAUUCACCUUCUCUGCGUUCAACACGCGCCACAGCGACGAUAAAGCCGCCUGCAUUGAACAUUCGGACUCCGCUUCAAGCAGACGUCGAUAGUGUCAACGUCUUGUACAAGCUCCUAAACGACGUCAUGACGGGCUACAUGCGUUCUUGCGAGGCCAUCCUCGACGCACCUCCAGCCGCCUUGCGACGUCGUGGAGGCUCAGGAGGAUCCCUCCAAGCCCAAAUCGAAGAAGAAGAGUCUGCUACUGUCACCUUGACACACGCCGCAGAACGAUUCCUCCCCGUCUAUUGGCAGGUUCUCCACCUGUUGAUAUCCUUAUGUCGCGAGAAUCCUGCCAUUCUUCGUGCAGCUCACGCAAGAGUGAGGCAAUUCAUCGAUCAUCCAGAAAAGAGGAGUAAAGAAUACGAGCCCGACCUUGGAGAACUCCUCGUCGUAGCUGCAUUGGUCUUUGCCUGCCAGGACGAGGGCUCCCUUGCGGGACACGGACGUUACGACCUUCGAAAUGGACACAACGCACGACGACCCGCAUCAGUUACUUCUGGAUCAGGUCGCCAGAUAUCUGGAAGCGCCAAAGAUUCAGUGAUCCGCUGGUCGGAGCAUUUUGCGGGGCCACUCCUUAAAGAGGCCAUGACGCGCGGUGUAAAGACUGCACUCGAGCAUUCCCCCGAUUUACAACAUCUCGAAACGGGUGCUUGUCCUUACCGUACCACAAAGACAUUUCAGCACUGUCGUGGACCGCUCAGACAACUCGCGCUCCAAGUCUCCAUGGUCGCCGUCUUCAACUAUUUCGAAACGAUGCAAAAGGGGCCGCAUCCACAGCAGACGCACCUCGACCGAAACUUUGGCAAUCCGCCACCAGAAGCAGUCCUCGUCCUCACCGAAGAAGUCAAAGCCGUACACCGGCUUUCGACAUGGGGAGAACUGUUUAUCAAAAUACAAUAUGAAAAUGGAAAGGCGUGGUCCGAUGUCGAGCUCGCCUCUGCGUUGCGACAAUGCAUGCUGCUCAGCGAGCGACGAGGCUAUCACACCAAUCAUUACCAACACGCCGAGGCAAAGUCUCGCUUGCUCACGAUACGGGAGCGAAAGGAAAAGGACUGGAAGAUGGAUCACGCCCGACGUAUGAGAAAUCAGCGUUGA